AUGGAGACUUUAGCAGAGAUAGCAACCCAAGCACACGCCUGCUACACGCGUGCCUUGGCGCUUGCUCGAGAGGAUAGGCGCUUAGAAAUUACUAUUAACACCCUGGAGCGGUCUAUAGAGGAGGCUGAAAGGCGUCUAUCUCAUCUUCGAAGUCAUACAAAUAGAAACAUAACACACAUUCACAACACCUUAGGCUCUAGUAAGGUCGUUCAGAAGAGCCAAUCUCUGCGCAUGCACACACCUCUGCUUGUGGCUAAUAUAUUGGUGCUUGGCAGCUAUGUAAUUAAGACUAUCCUUGUUCACGUUGCACGCAAGAAAGGAUUCUUUUAA